CGUCGUAGGCCUGAAAACUUUGUCUGAAACAAAAUGGGAAAGUCAAAUCGCAGCAAUUAAAGCUAUGUAUUUACAAUUUGACUAUGUUAUCAACUGUCUAAACGAUUUGAAAAAGGAAUGUGGAGAAGAUGCCAAGACUUUGUGUGAUUGUGAAACAGAUUCGAAAGAAAUGUUAACUUUUGAAUUUGUAGUUUCUAUACAUGUAUGGUACCAGGUAACAGUUCAUGUUAACUUAAAAGUGGCUAUUGACGUUCGUUUUGCGACUGGGUUCAAGAAUACCGCCGUACAGAUUUUGAUACUACUCUUGCAGAAGCUCAACUUUUCGUAAAAAAAAGUGAUUUCGAAAUCUCUUAACACGUGACUGUUAUGCACGCUAUUGACACCAUCUCUUAUAAAAGUUGUUUCGUCAUACCAAACAAUUAAAUUAAAAAACCAUUCACAAAAUUGAACCCUUAUUUGUUGGUUACCUGCUUGUAAAUUUUGCACUAGCUGAAUGUGAUACGUAUGAACUUCGAUGCACAAAAGAUUGAGAAAGUCCAAGUCUUCUGGAAGCACGUAACCACGUCAAUAAGGGCUUCCUCUGUCUGUACAUUGUGGCAAAUACGUGGACCUCCUCCAUGAUUUCGCGCAAUACAAAAUUUCCGUAAUCUGCUGUAUGCCCAAGUAAAGACUGCUCGAGACGGCUGCCUCUUCUGAAAUCUUCGGCGAUAGUCUACGGCAGCUGCCAAGGCGCUUCCAUUGCAGAAACUAUAAAGAAAAAUAAUGUCCGCAUAUUCUUGAUUAGUAAAUUCUGACAUGAAGACUAAUAAGUGUUUGAGAAAUCACCAAAUUAACCAUGAAGAGAUUAACUACGCCCUGGUUACACCCCGAUUUUAUAUUUUAUAAAUCAACGUACGGAAAAGAAUAUAAUAAAUAUUUAACAACAUUACAUAAUUUCACUAAACAAGUUAUUCAAGAUAGAAAGAAAACUUACAAAAGCGAUCAUUUACACUCUUUAAGUACAUCAAAAGAUGAAGAUAUUGGUAUAAAAAAACGUCAAGCUUUUCUCGAUUUAUUUAUUGAAAUGUCCAAUAAAGAAAAUGCGCUUACCGAUGAAGAAAUAAGGGAACAAGUUGAUACAUUUAUGUUUGAGGGACAUGAUACAACAACUGCCGCAAUAAACUGGACACUAUUUUUAUUGGGAAAUCACCAAGAUAUCCAAGAUAAAGUUUACGAAGAAGUCAAUCAAGUGUUUCAAAAUUACGAAAACUUAACUAUAAAUAGUUUGAACGAUUUAAAACUUUUAGAAAGGUGUUGUAAAGAAGCGUUAAGAUUAUAUCCAAGCGUUCCGUUUAUAGGAAGAAAAUUAAUUGAGGAUAUUAAAUUAAAGGAGUACUUGAUACCAGCUGGAUGUACAAUUUCGAUUCAAAUGGUGACUCUUCAUAGAAAUCCAAAUGUUUUUCCAAAACCUAAUAAAUUUGAUCCGGACCGAUUUUUACCAGAAAAUACUAAAAAUAGACAUCCUUAUGCUUACGUUCCGUUUAGUGCUGGACCAAGAAAUUGCAUAGGACAAAAAUUUGCAAUUUAUGAAGAAAAAAUUAUUUUGGCUUACAUCUUAAAAAAUUAUAGAAUAAUUUCAACUCAAACGGAAAAAACCAUAAAACCGAUGAUGGAGUUAAUUUUACGCCCAAAAGAUGGGUUAUUCAUCAAAUUAGAACCAAGAGUAUAAAAUUUAACAAUAAUUUUUUCAUCUUCAUAUUUUAUUCUCUAUAAUCUAUUAAUUGUGAUCUUUAUUAUAUUAUUUUUCUUUAAAUAUCUUUUUAUUUUACAUGAUUUAUACCAACAAUAUCGGCUUUAUAAAAAGUAUUUUUAUAAAUUUAAUUAAAAUUGCAAAAUAUUAAAAUUUGCAAAAAUUGAAUUGAAAGUAGAAAUCCUUUAUUAAUAUUAUUGAGUUGCGAAGGUCGCCGGAAAGGCUACGUUUGUGCACGCACAUUACUACAUAUUUACAAAAAAGUAAAUUGCAUAACAAAUUAGUUAUAAUAAAGGUUUAAUUGAAACCGUAUUGUAGAUGGUCUAAAAUACAGUUUAAUGUUUUACUUUAAACUUAUCAAUUUGUUUUAUAGAUGACGUUAUCAAUAAAAAUUAACAAAGAUUUUAUUUA